GGAAGGGGCGAUGAUGUCAGUGGGGCGGCUCUGCCGCGGCUCCCCGACCCCCUGCGGGAGGCGCGGCCGGGCAGGAGCGCCAGGGGCCGCGGGCAGCCGUGCGCCGCGCAGGGGCCGGGGCUGGCGCACGCCGCCGCGCAGCCAGGAGGGACCUCGGGCAGCCGCCGCCGGCCCAGGCUCUGUUCUGGGCUGAUCGCAGCCCCUACUGACCUCACUGCUCCUAGUGCCUGCUGGGAAGGCAGCUGCUGCAGGAGAGGGAUUUUGCCAACUUGUCAGAGGAAAGUAAACUUGAGUCCCCGAUUGAAGAUGCUGUCUGGGAAGGUGGAGAAGAGGAUUGCUUCCUCUGUAUACAUUACCCUGGCCCCUCCCAGGAGGGACACGGUCAUCCAGGGAGGUGUAAAGCCAGAGGUGCAUCAGCCGAGCUCAGACCAUCCAAAGGAGGCUACAAAAUCUGAUGGGACCCACCAGCCCCACGUGUCACCACCACAGAAAUUGUCCAACAGCAGCCGCCAGGCCGGCAAGCAGAGCAGCGGGACGCUGGACAGUGCUGGGCACCCGUCUGGAGUGGCGGGCUUGUCCAAUGGAGGUUUCUCCUCCUUUCCUCGUCCUGUCCUCCCUGACGUUUCCACAGGCUCGGACCCAGAGAGCCCCCUGCCGUCUCCUCCGCCGUAUCUUCUGUCCGAUGAACUUAACGCCCCGUCGGUGGAGACGCUUUGCCCUGAUCUGCAGAAGCUGCACAUGAGCUUACCUGUGAGCCGGCAGGUCCAGAAUGCUGCAGUCAUUAGCCAAGCCUUAGACCAGCUGGGUUUGCACCAAAGCACAAGGGAGCCCUCGCAAAGCCUCAGCAAGAUGCCCGCCCCAGCUCAGAAUGCCUCUUUUCCUCUUCAUCAGGCCUCCUCCACGUUCCCAGCAGAACCGAGGCAGCAUAAAAUCCAGCCGACCAGUCUGGAGCAAGUGGAUGAGCACCAGGCGCCAAAACAGAACGUGAAUGGGCACCUGGAAAGAGACAUUUCCACAGUCUGUGCCUUUUGUCACAAAGCCAUUGCCCCCCGGACCCCGACCAUAGAAGCCAUGAACAAACAGUACCACGCAGACUGCUUCACGUGCCGGACGUGCCACGGCCAGCUAGCGGGGCAGCGCUACUACCAGAAAGAGGGCCGGCCACUGUGCAACUCUUGCUACAAGGACACGCUGGAGAAAUGUGCCAAGUGCCAGGGUCUGAUCCUGGAGCACAUCGUCCGCGCCUUGGGGCAUGGGUACCACCCCGAGUGUUUCAUGUGCUCCGUGUGCGGCCGGAGCAUAGGGGACGAGAGUUUUGCCAUGAAUGACCAGAACGAGGUGCACUGCGUGGAUGAUUUCUACAGGAAGUACGCCUCCAUCUGCAGCGUCUGUGAGACACCCAUCAUCCCACAGGAGGGGAAAGAUGCCUACCGGAUAGAAUGCAUGGGGCGAAGCUUCCAUGAAAGCUGCUAUCGGUGUGAGAACUGCAGGAUUCCCCUGUCCACCGAGCCAGCAGAGAACGGCUGCUACCCCUUGGACAGCCACAUCCUCUGCAAGCCCUGUCACAUCAAACAGAAGAAUGAAUCGUUCUGCUAAGAGAGCCCGGCGGGCUUCCCCAGAAAACUGUGGAUGCAGUCGCAUGGCUGAGAUGGGCCAAAUCUCUCUACUACGGCAUCAGUGUUCUUAUCCUCUGCGUUCAUAAAUGUCCAACUUUCUGUCCUGACUGUGUCUCUUAUGGUAGGACUAUAUUAGCAGCUCUGAGCUUCAGCAGCAAGGUCCUACCACGCAUGCUUCCUAAUCGGCCCUGCGAGGUGGCAGUGGGACUUUCUUCUUCUCUCUUUCCCUCCAGACUGGCUCUGCUUAUCUUCCAAGGCGACGCCAGCUGGCUUCCUCUGCCCCCAAAUGGCUCAGUGCAUGGGAUGAGGGGGACACCCCACCAAACCAGCAGCUGCUGAUGGGACAAGGGAGAUUGAUUAAAAUAAUGUUUCAAAGCAGGUAGGGCUCUGUCUCCUCACCGUGUAAAUAACGCCCCUGCUGCUUUAAGUUAAGACUCGGGGGGAUCUUACUAAACAGCAGAGGGGCUGGGGGAGAGCACUGUGCUGUCAGCUCUGGGAGCACGGCAGGGAACAGGGCACGCACAGUGGGACAGCGAUGCGAAAACCGCGUGAAGGCCACCCCAGUGCACCCUCAAAAUAGGGCUAACGUAAGACCUAAGUGGUGCCUAAGUUUUUACUGAUCUCCUGCCCGUGAGUGACUUUUACCCACAGAGCCAGGUCAAAUAUAUAUACACACAGUUUUCUGCUUUACUGCACCCUGCGAUAGUGCUGUGAAUUAUGACCCAGCAGUGUGCCAAAGAGGUUUGUAGAGCAGCAGCUGAACACCCCUAUGCAUUCUGAAAAUGACACUGUACCAGCGGCAACCUGAGGCCUGAUCCUUCAGGUCUUAACUUGAGGGAGCGAAGGCUGCAGGAUCAGCCCCUAAUUGAGACUGUGUCUCCUGAAAUGCUGCAGCGACUCAGUGACAGAUAUCAGAUGCAGCUGCCUGCAGAUCUGCGCCGGACGACCCGCUGGCUCUGUGCACGUAGAAUUGCCGGAGCCACGGUUCUGGAAUUGACUCCGGGGAUUACUGGAUGUGCAGUUUCAUCUCUGUGGUGCAUGGACGCGGACUGUGAGUCAUGACACAACCUGGGGGCUGGGAGUGGAAAGAAUUCAGCGUUGUUUAAGGAGUUGACAAAUACACAGCCCCACCAGCUUCCCAUAAAACAAGCCAAGACGCUGGAUUCUCUCUCAUCUGCCACUGGCCAAUCACGUGUCUUUCUUGCUAGCAUCAUGAAAUGAUGCCAGAUACAAGAUCCCCAACUAAGAGAGAGCAGCUGAUGGGCUGCCAGUAUUUUAACAUCCGUUUCCCCUCGCCUGGGAUAAACCCUCUGGCUUGUGGGAAUGGGGGUGCUCUCAGAGGGGAGCAGCUCAUUUGUUUCCCUAUUUAAAUCAAAACGCCAUUCUCAACUGUAGUCAAAGAAGAGAGCAGUACCACUAGGCCAAAAAGAUCCUGGUAAGCCUGAUGGAUGUGUUUCCGAGUGGGUAGUGCACUGGACUGGGCUGGGCAUCAGGAGAGCUGGGUUCUCGUCUGAACUGUCCCUUGCCUGCUGGGUAACUUUGCCUUUUUGUUCCUCAGUUUCCCCAUCUGUGAAAUGGGGAUAAUGAGACUGAUCUCCUGUGUAAAGCGCUUUGAGUUUUACUGAUGAAAAGCGCUAGAUAAGAGCUUGGGGAUGGCGAUUGUUGGUGGGUGCUGCCAUGAGUGUAUGGAUCCAUAUAGCACAACGUUAAACGAGUGGCAUUUGAAAUGGGUGGGACAGGAAAUGUACCAUCUUUGGGGGGGUAUCCUCACCCUGGAAAAUUACCUGCGGUGUCCCACGUUACACCGCCAAAGGCACACAGUUUGCUCUUUGGUGGGUAUUUUGAGCACUAGCUACUCAAGAACAGCUGGUGCAAGAUGGAACUCCACCAGCCUCUCCUCUCCUUUCGUGGCGGGAUUUUAACCAGUGGCACAUCAUGGAGGGGGAGCAGUAGGGGCUAUCUGAAAAGAGACUUAAAUGAAAGGAAGAAUCUUAGCAGUGCUAUGCAUGGCCUCUUAAAGAGCCCUUCCUCAUUCCCGUGGGGUCCCCUUGGCUUUGUGCUUCAGGCUAAACAGAGAGGCCAGGAGACCACACUUGUUGCGCUGGGCUUAACCGCCAAGAGAAUCCAGCAUUCUAGGCAGGACCAUUAGCUGGUUCCGUUCAGUGGCGCCGUCUCUCCUGUCCUUGUCAACACUCCUCAAGAGAAAAGAGCUUGGGACCUUGGUUGUGAUGAUCACUUUCCAUAAGUAGCAGUGACACUGUAAAAUUAAGUUGCUUUGAUAGGCAGUGGAGUGCUCCCUGAGCGAAAUGGCUGUGGAGUUCUUUGGCGUUUGGGGAAGCCCCACAAAAGAACUGUAAAUUAUUGGCAGGGAAAGUCUCCGCUCACCGAAAACAAUUGUACAUGCUCAUUUCCCUGGGGCUUUAUUUUUGAAAACUGAUUAAAUUUAGGGCUUCUUCUGGGGACACUCAUGAAAAUUAAUCCGAAUAAACAAAAGGUGUGAAUUUGAAGGGGAUUAGUUAAACCCACAUUAAAACCCUGUGGACGCUCUUUUCAGAAUUAGAGACCUGAAUUCAGUUUAUCUUAAUUCACUUUUUUGGAUUACCUUUCCUGAGCAUCCCUGUGUCAACAAGCUUUUACAGUACAAAAGGAAUAAGUGAGAAUUUGGAACUGAUGGAGCUUCUGCCAGCAGCUCCAGAGCACUCGGACCCUGGACAACGCUCUUUCCUUUCUUUUGCUAGUGGGGAGUGGGGCGGUGGUUUGGGUACUUGCUCAGUGUAUUAGCACCAAAGUCCUGUCUAUACCAGGAUUGGAACCAGGGUUUAAACAGUGGUCACCUGUAUUCUACAGUUUUACAGGCACUCCAGUGCCGGUGCAGGUAGCCAUUUUUCUCCCUUUUUAAGAAAGGUGCUAGCCUUACUGUGCUAUAGACACUCCCUCUCUGGAAUCCAUGCCCACAGUAGUCAGGGCAGGACUGCCCGAGCCCUGCUCUCAUCAACAGGAGCAGCUCUGAUUCGGGUCACAGCAUCUGAAAUGGGGCAGAGAUGCUGUGUACGCUGCAUCGGUGUUGGAGGGCCCAGCUACAGCCAUGGAUAAUCUUUGCAGAUUAGACCAACUGUUGAUACUGGUUAGUAUCUGUACUGUGGUGCACCAAGGGCCCCGGUCAUGGACCAGAAUCCCAUUGUGCUGGGCACUGUACAGACACUGAACAAGAUGGUCCCGGCCCCGAAGAGCUGAGAAUCUAAGCAUGAGGCUCUGUCAUCACUGCCAGCGAGAUAAUGCCCCCUAGCUAGUGGAGACAAGGCCCUGGUGAGCUUUUCCCAUGAUGAAGCUAGGGGAGGACAACACUCUGUGUCUGGCCUAGCUGAAGUGUGCUUAAAAGCUCCAGAGCCUUGGCUCCAAUAGGCGCUUAAUCAUGAGAGAACUAAUGUUGUUGGGUGAUCCCUUCUCUUCUCAGUGAGGAGAAGGCCUAAGAAAUAACAGGGACGGACAGAGGAGCACAAGGAAACAGUGAGACAACAUUGUUCGGCCUGACAGGCCGUUGUCUUGCUUUUUGUAGGUUCCUGUGUUACCAAAUUUUCUGCCUUGAAUCUUACAGGCAUGUUGUAUGAUUUGGUAACACCAUUAAAAUGGGUUGGGGUCAGAGCCACAGACAAGGUCAAACCGUGUCUCAGAGCUGUGAGGACCUUGGAGCGUUCUAACAGAGUCUCCCCUUCCCCUCAAUGUGGUAUGGUUUUGCUAUGUAGACAGGACCGCAGAGAAGAACAAGCUACACUGAAGAGGGAAUCCUUUCUUCCUCCAGACAAACGGUGACCUCCCAGCUGCCUUUCCCCAGUCACAACAAGCAGCGGCUUAUUUCAGAAAAAGAGGUAAGAAGCCCGAUGGUUUGCUUCGAAUGGAUUUGUU